UGCAUAAAAUGCAUGCAAAUGUAAAUUUCUUGAUAUUGUUUUUAUUUGGACUCUGCGCAGAGCAGGCAAAUGGAGAACUGUCAGGAUUGUUGAGCGCGCUGCAAUACCUGGGCCUCAAAAUCCAGCCGAAUGGCGCUGGAUCUCAAUCUCAAGUGUCCCGGGGCCAAUGUGAGUACACGUUUGAGGCGUACGCGUUGAUGCGGGAACGCCACUUGUGUGUGCCGGACGACGAGCACAUAAUGCACAUGACGGAGGUGCCGCAGCAGCGGAAGCCACCGCUAAGGAUUCGAUGUCUGGAUGUACCCGAUUUGAGCCUGCGCGAGGGAAACAUUACUCUUCCCAAACUGCUCAUUAUGGAGUCGGCAAAGGAGAUUGUGAAUCUGCUGAAACCCAUCGGCAAUGCCACGAAACGACACGAAUACGGCAGCUGUGUAGUCAUGCACUUCUGUACGCCGACGAGUUUGGAAUGCGCCCGAAUUGCCAAUGUGAUCAACUUGUUGCCACAUCUGUUUCCCAAUUUGCCAGUGGCCUACGUCGAUGCGUACAAGUUUUCACGAUUUAAUGCCGAGUUCGGGAUUGUGUCGCUGCCGACGACCCUGAUAUUCCAUCAGGGUCGACCCAUGCUCAAAUACGAUCCCGCCUGGGACGAGACAAGCAGACUUGCCUGUGCCAAGUUCAUCAUGCGCCAUACCAAUCUGAAGACUGUUGACCCAAGGAGCAUAAAACCCUAUGUCUUAUCAUGGACCAAAAUUGGGCCACUGCUCGACACCCCCGAUUUCCAGACGGAUUUCUAUUUGGGACUGGCCUGGGCUUUCAUACUGCUCUGUUUGGCCAACUAUGUGCGACGCACACUCAUAUGGAAGCAAUUGGUGGAAAUGGUUCAACGCAAUUGGCGGGAAUCCGAGGAGACUCAAAUGGAAAUGGUCGAUUAGUUUCCAGCGGGGCGGGGGUAAAAUGGAGAAAUGGGGGCACAUUAAUUAAGUACUAGUAAAAUAUCAUGUUAGUUUCCAGUUUACUAUGUGUGUAUUUUCGUUUAAUUAAAUUCACGUAAACAUU